GUAGUAUUUUCUUGAUCCAUGACCAUGAUAGAUGCAUUCUACAUUCCACUUCAUUCUAUCCGAUCUGACCGGUGAUUUCGCUCGUGGGAGCAGUUCGAAGUUAUGGAUUUGGCUUGUCAAAAUUCGGAUUUUAAUGCUAAAUAUUUGCUUGGUCAAUUAAAUACAGCCAGAAAAGAAAUAAAUAACUUAAGACAGCAAAUAAAAACUCUCCGUUAUAUACACGAAAAAGAUGUUGAUACCAUAAAGCGUCUGUUAGAAUCAUAUAGAAAUGGAGCAUCAAUAUCUUCUGAAGCAAAAGUUAUAUCCUUAGAUGACGUUAAACCUAGCACUAGUGCAGAUGAUGAUGCAAUAAAAUUAAAACCAAUUGGUAUAAUAUCCACAUGGUUUCCUAGUAAACGUGGUACUCCCAGGCAGACCGGAAUUUGUGGAGAAGUACCAGGGAAAUUAUUGUUGUAUAAUUCAAUAUACACUAAUCCUGAUCAUGCUCUUGAAGGAUUACAAGACUUUUCACAUAUGUGGGUUUUAUUUUACUUUCAUAGAAAUGAAUCAACACAUAUUCGGGCUAAGGUUGCACCACCAAGACUGAAUGGUACAAAAACUGGCGUAUUCUCCACAAGAUCCCCACAUCGUCCAUGUCCUAUUGGUUUAAGUUUGGUGAAGAUCACAAGAAUAGAAAAUCAUACAAUUUACUUUGAAGGUGUAGACAUGGUGGAUCAGUCACCUGUAUUAGAUAUAAAACCUUACAUACCACAAUAUGACAGUCCAUUCUCUUUUGAGAAAUUCAAUAGUGCACCACAGGAAUCUAACAUGAGUAAUACAUUUGGUUGUAUAGAAGAGAGUAGUAAUUUAAGUAGAAGUCCAACCUUCAAUACAAACAUCGAUCUUGCACAUGAAACAAGAAGUUUACUUUCAGACUCCUACUAUAGAAAGAAUACCAAUGAAACAAAUCAAGAGGCAGAUGUUUCUAGAGAUGAAGAAAUUGCUUUAAGAUUACAAGCAGAAGAAUUUCAAAGGAAUUCAAAUUUUGAGAAUUAUAAUAGCAUGAGACAUUUUUCUGAGUUAAGCGACAUUAAUUUACAUAAUAGUACUCCAUUACAACAUAAUGUUGACGUGACUGGUAUACACAGAACAUAUCACUCUUUGUCUGAUGUUCCAGUUGAUGCAAGAACAAAUAUGAACAUAUCUUCUGAACAAAAUGCACUUUCGUCAAACUUAGAACAACAAUCGGAAAAUAUAGUAGAUAUAAGUAAUAGAUUACAAAAUACUAAUAUAAGUAGUCGCACUAACGUCGAGCCCACAUAUGCUCCAAGAAGCAUAGGACCCAACUAUAUAGAAGCACACGCCUCUCGCUCUAGACUUCUAGAUGGAGCAGAUGGAUCAAGUACUGUAUGCGGCACCGAUUUAGAUUUAAUUUAUAGGCGAUCAUUGAAUGCAAGAAUCGACAAUUCACCUAUAAGAAUGGGAAUCCGGGAAGCUCCUGAUGGAGAAGAGGGUUUGGAGUCGCAAACGCUUGUCCCUUCACAAAGCUUGCCAAACGUUGAAGUUGCAAGAACUACGUCAAUCAAUAACUUACAGGACCCUACAGAUACAAAUUUAGCUGUUUUCCCUGAAUCGAGUAGCAUUGAAAUCAGAGAAACAGAAGCUAAUUAUUCUUCGGAAGUAAGAAUUCCAGAGUGGAUAUCAAGACCACGUACACCUUUGUGCGUGAAAUUUAAUGAUCGGGCUUUGAUUCAAUUAAAUGAAAUUUUAGGAUCCAAGAUUAAUGACCAAAAGAUAGCAAUUGAAAAUGUACUUCGCGAAGAUCCUAGAUCUGUUUAUUUGAGACAAAGAUGGGGCAGUCAAUUUUAUACUUUCUUAAUUCAUGAUUUACAUAUUACUUGUAGAUUUGACGAUAACAGAGGUGUAGUUACUGUUUUUCAAGUUAGACAUGCCGGUCGAAUUUGUGAAUGUGGAGAACCCGAAUGGCAAUGUUUGGGUCAUUCUCCACCUCCCUCAUAGUAUGCUUAUGUCGGUACAUGCAAUACAUAUGUAAUGUAUGCAUGUAUGUUGCUAAUAAUGUUAGCUAAUUGUACUCAUAAAUUUAUUAAUAGUAUUCUAAGAAAUGCGAAUUUUUAAUUUAUAAAGCU